UGCAACAAAUGGGAGGGCGAUGAGCACAUUAAGACUCUGGAGGAGAAAGUCCAAAAUACCACAGCACAAGUUCUCGAAACAUUGCACAGUUGGAGGAUCCGCAGCCCUUGGAAUAUUUAAAAUGGAUGAGGGCUUAUGAGGACAUCGAAUGGUCACUGAUGGAGGGCAAUACCUCCAAAGCGGCAGAGCAGACAGAGAAGACUAAGAAUUGGAAAUGGAAAAUCGAAUGGAUUGAGCUGUUGGCCAGACUAAGGAAAUUUGGCUUUAACGAUAUCUUUUUUAGGGAAAUGGUGCGACAAAGCAAAGUGAAUCCCUCCAGGGGAGCCAUUGAACUGAAAAUGCCUCCCUUGUCCUAUCUCUACGAUUUUGAGCAACAGGUGUUUGUCUUGGAUGAUUUGGUGAAUGAGGACACUGUGGAGACUUUGGCCUAUUUUCAAGGCAAUUUAAGCACCUUUACCAUGAAUUUGGUCAAGGCCGAGGAGGGAGAUGAUUUCAACUACCUGUAUCAGAAUAUCAAACCAUUCACUGAAACCGCAUCGAAGUUGAUAGCUCUCAAGGAUUUGCAUAUGCCUUGGCUCACUAGGUAUCUGCAGACUCUAUUGAAUAGCUUGGUGGAUCCCCAAAUGCAGCUUUAUGUGCAAAGUGUCAAAUAUCUACAUCGAAUCUACAGCUUCCUCAGUGAAUAUGACAAUGAUCUGCUAUGCGAUUACAUACAAAUGAAAUUUUUGAUAUAUUUAAUGAAAUAUGAUCGAAUUCACCUGCAGCCGGAUUCAGUGAGAAAUAUUCGAGAGAAUUUCCCUUUAAUUUUGCAAUGGCUUCAUGGCAGUCUGCAUCCUGAAGUGAAGGAGGAUAUUCCGGUCAUACAGCAGUUGUUUGCAAAUUUGAAAUUGAAAUUCCACCAGAACAUUAAGGAAAAUUCUGCUCAGCUACCUGCUGCUACAGUCGACCAUAUGCUCAAGAAAUUGGAUAGCCUGCAGUUGGUGAUUUUUGACAAAUCUACCCAAGAGGUGGAACUCUACUAUCAGCAUCUACACUUCUUGGCCUCGGAGUAUUAUGGCAAUCGUUUGCGUUUGAAUCGCUUCAAAUUUAACAUACACCACUCCACUCUUACGAAUACCUAUCGACGCGAUUCCCUGCAGUAUUUGGACUCUCGAACCCCCGUAGGCGAGGGGGACAAGAAAUGGUAUCCCUAUCAUUUGCCUUUCCUGUAUCCACAGCUCAACAUUGUAUACAUGCCCUUGACGCUGCUGCAGGAGCCUUUCUAUAAAAAUGGUAUGGAUGAGACCCUGAUCUACAGUUCCUUGGGCUAUUUCUUGGCCCAUGAAAUUACCAAGGCAUUUGAUUCACGUCACAUACACAUCGAUGGCAAUGGUGUCUACAAGGAUCUAAUGAGUGUGGUCAAGGCCGAUUCGGAGGAGGAUGACUUUGAAAAGACUCCUGUUGUUGAUGAUUUGGCCGGUUUGAAAUUGGCCUACAACACAUUUGCCACCCACCAUUCGAAGCUACUAAGCCAAACUGUGUUGUUGCGUAAUGUGGCCUAUACCAAGGAGAAGGUGUUCUUUCUUCACUAUGCCCAAUUGUUUUGUUCACCUCUCUGUGGUUAUCAUCCCAUGGCCGAUUUUUAUAGCUAUGAUGCUUGUGCUCGUGUUAAUACUCCCACCAAACAUUCGGAAACCUUUCGUAGGGUAUUUGGUUGUCCUUCCCUUUCUACGGAGGAAAAAGAGGUGUUUGCAUUGUGGCCUUCGCAGGAUGGUGAAAAGUGAUCACUGAUAUGUAGCUUGAAAUGACGUUAAUAAAAAUGUAUUUUUAAUUUAAGAAAAAAAUGAAAAUGAUUUUUUUAUAAAAAAAUGAAAGUAAAUCGACUUGUAAUGUAAUGGUGAUCAUUCAUAUACACAGAAAAAAAUAAAACUUAGUUUUAAUCACGAAAUUAAUAGGGUCGAUUAAUUUUUUAAUUAAAAAUGCCUCAAUCACAAAAAUGAUAACAUCAAUCACCGUUUUUGAAAAUGUAAUUGAAAAAAAAUCAAUUAAAACACGUAACAGCGUGCUAAGUUCGGCCGGGCUGUAUCUUAUACACCCUCCACCAUAGAUCGCAUUUGUCGAGUUCUUUUCCCCAUAUCUCCUUUUAGGCAAAUAAAGGAUAAAAGAAAAUAAUUGA